AUGCCCGAAAAGGUCCACACUCACUUUGGUGCUGAAGAGAAGUCUGCUCCUCAGCAGCUUCCCUUGACAGCGGCGUCAGCCCCCGAGGAAAUUGGCCGGAAAAAGAAGCGUGGUAACAAACGGAAGCGCGACGAGCCCACCGAACCCCAACCGCCUCGCGACCAUGAACCCAUUCAACCCAAGAAGCCUGCACCAGCCCCUCCUUUGCUUGAAGAAGAGGCCAAGCCGGAAGCGGAACCAGAAGAAGUUCAUCAACGAUCCUUGAAUAAGACCGCGCUCAAGGGGAAACCUAACAACAAGCCCAAAUCCCUCACCGAUACCAAGACCAACUUCACAUCCCUCCGGGAAAAAGCCAGUAUUCUCUACGAACAGCGAAAGAAACUUCCAAUUUUUGGACAUGCGGAUGAGAUCAGAACAAAGCUUCGGGAACAAGAUGUUAUGCUCUUGGUUGGUGAGACUGGUAGCGGAAAGAGUACCCAGAUCCCCCAGUUUCUGGUGAACGAAUUCUGGUGCCGACCGACACCAGCGAAGGUACCGCAGAAGGAUGGCUCCGUCAAGUCGAUGACGGUAGGUGGUUGUAUCGCGAUCACACAGCCCCGACGAGUCGCCGCCAUCUCCCUGGCCCGUCGUGUGGCAGAGGAGAUGGGAACACCACUUGGAUCAUCAUCGCCAGCCAGUAAGGUUGGUUACUCGGUGCGAUUCGACACAUCCACCUCGCCGAGUACCCGGGUCAAAUUCUUGACAGAGGGAAUGCUUCUACAAGAAAUGUUGCAUGAUCCUUGGCUUACUCGGUACAGUGCGAUCGUGGUAGACGAGGUCCACGAGCGCGGUGUCAACGUUGAUUUGACCACUGGAUUUUUGCGAAACCUGGUGUCUGGGAAGCGGGAAGGCCGCGGAGGAGUCCCUUUGAAAGUGGUGGUCAUGAGUGCUACAGCGGAUAUGGAGAGUCUACUUGGCUUCUUCCAGGAGGGAUUCAAGAACCAACCCCAACUUCAAAAUGGCGAAGCAAAUGGCACUGCUGAAGAGCCGAAGGAUGAGGAGAGCUCCAAGCAGAUUUCUGUCUGCCAUAUUAAAGGUCGCCAAUUCCCUGUGCAAACUAUAUAUUCGCCAGAGCCUGUCCAUGACUACGUUGAUGCAGCUCUCAAGGUCAUUUUCCAAAUCCAUUACAAGGAGCCGACACCUGGUGAUAUUCUCGUGUUCUUGACUGGUCAAGAGACCGUUGAAGCUCUGGAAAACCUGGUCAAUGAGUAUGCCGUCGGGAUGGAUCCCUCUUUACCGCGGAUCCAAGUCCUUCCGCUUUUCGCAGCUCUUCCCCAAGUUGCCCAACAGCGAGUCUUUGCCCCUGCACCGCCUCGUACCCGCAAGGUGAUCUUAGCGACUAAUAUUGCUGAGACUUCAGUGACGGUUUCUGGAGUCCGAUAUGUGGUGGAUUGCGGUAAAGCGAAGGUCAAACAAUUCCGCACCCGACUUGGUCUGGACUCCCUGCUAGUGAAGCCCAUUUCCAAAUCAGCCGCCAUCCAGCGAAAGGGUCGUGCUGGUCGUGAAGCGCCUGGUAAAUGUUACCGUUUGUAUACUGAAAGCGACUAUCUUACCCUCGAUGAAACGAAUACCCCCGAGAUUCUCCGAUGUGAUUUGAGUCAGGCACUCCUCAACAUGAAGGCUCGUGGUGUCGAUGACAUCGUCCGAUUCCCCUUCUUGACGCGGCCUCCGCGUGAGGCACUCGAGAAGGCCUUGCUCCAAUUAUUGGGUAUCGACGCGCUCGACGAGUCCGGUGGUAUCAGCGAGGUCGGCUUGAAAAUCGCCAAGUUGCCGCUUACACCCACCCUUGGACGAGUCCUAUUGGCGGCUUCGGAACAUGGAACUGAGUGUCUGCUUGACGUGAUUGACAUCAUCUCCUGUCUCAGUGUGGAGAACAUCUUCUUGAACACCACUUCCGAGGAAAAGAAGGAAGCAGCCGAGAUCGCCCGUCGGGAUCUUUACCGGCGCGAAGGAGAUCAUCUGACGAUGCUAUCAACGGUUCGGGCCUACGCGGGUGAGAAUGUUGACCGAAAGGCAUGGGCUGAGCGGCACCUGGUGUCGCACCGGGCGAUGCAGUCCGUUAUGGAUGUUCGAAAACAACUACGCAGUCAAUGCCGCCAAGCAAAACUUCUGCCUCGUGAUGACCGAUUAGACCAACAUUUUGAUACGUCACCAGUGCCUAUCUUGCAGAGCUUCUUGUGUGGCUUUGCGACCAACACCGCUCGCCUUGUCCCUGACGGUAGCUAUCGUACUGUGGUCGGCAACCAGACUGUUGCGAUCCAUCCUUCCAGUGUCUUAUUUGGCAAGAAGGUUGAGGCUAUCAUGUAUAACGAGUUUGUGUUCACGAACCGCAGUUACGCGCGGGGUGUGAGCGCGGUACAGAUGGACUGGGUUGGUGAGGCCCUUGCUGGCCAGUGA